AUUUGAAAUAACAAUGACGUCGACGAUGUUGCGCAUGGUACCUGGCCCAACGUCAAUGACGGCGACCGUCCGACAAGCGUAUGCCGACGACGUUGGGUCGCCAGAUGUAGAGCUGGACGAGUUUGCAUCGGACUAUUUUGAUCUCGAAGAGUCCCUCAAGCGCUUGUUGUCGUUUGAUGGGUCGAUUGCGAUCGGAUCGGGCGAAGGCAUGGCGUGCUUGUGGGGUGCGUUGAAGAGCGUGCUACGUCCUGGUGACGUUGUUGUCAGUGGUGCUAACGGCAUUUACGGACAGGGAUUUGCAGACAUGGCGAAAGGGCUUGGCGCCACUGUCGUGACUGUUGAAAGUCCAUGGACGACAGGCAUCGAUCCCCAAGCAAUCAUCGCUGCCAUCCACGAGCAUAAACCACGACUUGUGACGAUCGUGCACUGCGAAACUCCCACCGGUAUUUUGAAUCCUCUGGAUGGGAUCGGGGCUGCAUUGCGGGAUGCGACCACGGACGGACUCUUCCUCGUGGACUUUGUUUCAAGCUCGUUUGCAGUUCCAUUGAACGUCACCGCCGAACUCAUCGACAUUGGCCUACUAGCCCCGCAGAAAGCCUUGUCCGGACCUGCUGCGCUGGCAGGGACGACUGUCUCUGACCGUGCAUGGAAGCGCAUUUUGGACGUCAAGUACCAAGGCUACGAUGCGUUGGCCCCAUUUCACGGCUUAACCCGAUCGGCGCCACUGUACACUCCGUACACACACAAUUGGCCUGCGAUUCGUGCGACGUUGCAAGCUUGUCGUGAGUUAGAGGCGGAAGGACUGUCCAACGUCAUUCAAAGGCAUGCUGCGGCCGCUGCAGCGUGCCAACAGUUGGCGACGGAGCUGGGACUCGCGCUGUAUUGCCAAAACCUCCACGUAGGUUCUAUCUCAUCAUUGUGAUCAAUGGAUGCUGAUGUUGAACACAUGAGACACUCGCAUAGUGGGCUGCGCCAACAGUCACGGCACUGCAUGUGCCGUCGCACGUUGCAUGGGACGACUUUGUCCAAGCGCUGAAGCGCGAACGCCUCAUUUGCGGAGGGAAUUACGGCGACUUAGCUGGAAAGGUGUUUCGCAUCGGCCACAUGGGGUCCCAAGGCAAGCCAGAGCUCGUGCGGCUGGCCAUGGCAUCGGUUUCUCGAGCAUUGAAGUCGCUGAGUUAGCAAGGCGUAUUUUCAUUUCUAUUGUCAAUUCGAAGUUACGGAUAUAGAAUAGAAACUCUUGCACUAUCCGGAGGGUUUGUUGCUAUUUCACGCGAAAAUAGAAAUUCUAAAGGACGUAAUUUCUAAAUAAUCCGGAUAAUGCCAAAAUAGCAACCGUAAAAACGAAGUUUGACUU